ACGUGAAAUAACAUAACCUGCAAAUGAAGAUAAAAAGACUGAAAAUAAUUAUCAUUUGAAGAUGUUUUUAAGAAAAUCACUAUUUCGUUUUGAAUCAUUUGGAUGGAGGUAUUUUAGUAUGGUAUCAGAUGAGUCCCUGGCCAUAAAUCAGUUUAAUUCACAAAAUGUAAAAUUUUUUAUGAAUAAACUAGGACUAACAAAGCAACAAACAUAUAAAAUGUUUGCACAGUAUCCUAACUUACAUACAAGAGAUUUAAAUCGUUUGGCUAAUGCUCAUAAGAUGCUUCUUCGGUUUGGUUUUUCUAUUCAAGAUUUAAAAAAUGAUCCAAAUGUGUUAACAAUUCUUCCUGGCACAAUUGAACAGCAUUAUAUAAUAUUGCAAGAAUCAGGUUUCAAUAAUAUAACAACCACACAUUUGAGGAGUUUUCUAAGCUUAGGACGUAGGCCAAUUAGUCUUUUGAAAGCUUAUCGAUUUAUUGAUGAUGAUUUGGUUGUUCAUGAACAUCUCUUAAAAUCUUUAGACUCAGAAUUUAAAUUUACAACAAAUGAAAAUAUUGAUGAUAGUUAUUGUUUAAAUACUAUUAGACAAAUUAUUCUUCACGAAUACCUGAAAUGGUAUCUACAGAUCAGUGAUGCUGAAACUAAUUAUUUAUUUAAAACAUACUCACGAAUCAAAAACAAAAGUUUUCAAAUUAUGAGAAAAUCAUUAAAACAAUUGGAUGAAAUUGGUCUAACAAAAGAGAAAAUUAAAAGGAAUGGUUUUUUACUACAUAGUCAUCCGGAAAAUAUAGAAAAAAUGUUGAGUGAUGUGCGAGAAUUAGCAGGAUUGGAUAUUAGAGAAGUUAUUAAAAAAUUGCCUAAAAUAGCAUUGACGAAUUAUGAGACACUACUGAAAACUGAUAAACAUUUAAAGGAUUUUAAUAUAUCCAAUGAAGCCAUUAGAAAGUGCUGGGAUAUAUAUACUUUGGGCUCUGAUACAGUUCAUGAACGACUUCAAGAUCUUGUUUCAAUACCAGAGUUUAAAGUAUUAGCAUCACAUCCCAGAAUUGUACGUUUAAUUCAUUAUCAGAAGAAAGCAUUAUCUAGAUUGAGUUAUUUGCAAGAGAUGAAAGUCAAAUGUGCAAGUCUGCAUGUGCUGUCUUCUACACGGAAUGAAUUUGAGAAAUAUGCCCGAGAAGGCGCUGAUAGAACAAAGGGAAAAGAUUUAAUAGCAUAUCUUAUGAGUGAAUUACAAUUAACUAAUGCAGAAAUACGUGAAAAAUUGAAUAGGCAUAACUAUUGGUGCCAUGUUCCAGUUGUAUCAGCAGAAGCAACUCUAAAUAUGUUAAAGCAAAAAUCUUUUUUGAAUACACAUCUGAUAAAUAAUAUUCACAUACUUUUAUAUCCAAAAGCUGAGGUUGAAAGAAUUUUAGAAGAAUUAUCAUCAAGUAGAACACAUAGUGAUUUGCCUACAAUAACAGAUUUAACUCAAAUUGAUAGUAACAAGAUAUUGGCCUUGUGUAUGUAUAUAUUGGAGAAAAAACAUCAUUUUACUGGAAAUGGUAUUUGGGAUGAUCAAGCACAAGCGCAUGUGGCAUUUAGAAAGCUUGAAAUUCAUAAGUGGCCUCGACAAACGUGAAGCUACUCGUUUGCCUCGUCGUCCUUAUAUAAAAUACGGUCAGUUCCGAACAUUCAAAAAAAGAAAAUACAACUAUCC